AUGGAGUUUGAAGUUAACGUGAGCUGUAUCGAUUGUUUGCCAUACGGUCGGAAUAGAAGCAGCCUGGCAGUUCCGACCUCCUCGGCGGGUGUGACGACAGCGCUGGCCAGCGUGCUGAUAUUCACCAUAGUCGUUGACAUCCUCGGCAACUUUCUUGUUAUUUUAACCGUAUUUAGAAACAAGAAGCUCAGGAAUGCAGGAAACAUCUUUGUGGUCAGCUUGUCCGUAGCAGACCUGGCAGUCGCAGUGUACCCAUAUCCCUUGGUUCUCUUGGCCAUCUUCCAUGAUGACUGGACUAUGGGGUACAUGCACUGUCAGGUCAGUGGCUUCAUCAUGGGUCUGAGCGUGAUCGGCUCCAUCUUCAACAUCACUGCCAUCGCCAUCAACCGCUACUGCUAUAUCUGCCACAGCCUGCAGUACCACCGGCUCUACAGCCUCAAGAAUACUUUCUGGUACCUGUGUCUGACGUGGCUCCUCACUGCCAUCGCCACAAUCCCCAAUUUUUUCGUGGGGUCCCUGCAGUACGAUCCCCGGGUGUAUUCCUGCACCUUCGCCCAGACGGUCAGCUCUUACUACACCAUCUUGGUGGUGGUUGUUCAUUUCCUGAUACCUCUCCUGGUGGUUUCCUUCUGCUACCUAAGGAUCUGGGUGCUAGUCAUCCAGGUGAAACAUCGGGUAAGGCCGGACUACAAGCAAAAGAUAACGUCGAGCGACCUGCGCAACUUCCUGACUAUGUUUGUCGUGUUCCUGCUUUUUGCCGUUUGCUGGGCACCGCUGAACUUUAUUGGAUUGGCCGUCGCGAUAAACCCCGCAAAAGUGGGCCCAAACAUCCCAGAGUGGCUCUUCGUCUCCAGUUACUUCAUGGCUUACUUCAACAGCUGCCUCAAUGCUGUCAUCUAUGGGCUCCUGAACCAGAACUUCCGGCAGGAGUACAAAAGGAUCCUGUUAGCUUUGUGCACGCCUCGGAUGCUGUUCAUGGACACCUCAAGACUCGGGACCGAUGGAUUCAAGAGCAAACCAUCGCCUGCCAUGACUAACAACAACAUAGUAGAAGUGAACUUGUGA